AGGAAGAAGGAUCACAAGAUGAGCUCAAUCUCCACCGCACAGCUUCCUUCUCCCCUGAAGCCAGAACACUUCGAGGCAGAGAGGAAACUUCCCACAUCAAAGCUUCCACAGAAAACAGUUCUGAAGCUUUUCGAUUCAAAAUCGAUUACUUCUUUGAAAUAUCUCAGCCAAGUUCAUGGACUUAUACUGCGAAGCGGCCAUUUCCAAGACCAUUAUGUUUCUGGCGCGUUGGUCAAGUGUUACGCAAAUCCCCAUUUCAGAAAUUUUGACUUCGCUUUAAAGGUAUUCUCCUCAAUCCCAAAUCCCAACGUUUUCAUUUGGAAUAUUGUAAUUAAAGGGUGUCUAGAGAACAACAAUCCGUUUAAAGCUAUUUACUUCUAUGGUAGGAUGGUAAUUGAUGCUAGGCCCAAUAAAUUUUCAUACCCAACUCUGUUUAAAGCUUGUUCUGUGGCGCAAGCUGUUCAUGAAGGUAGGCAAAUUCAUUGCCAUGUUGUUAAACAUGGCUUCGGUAGUGACAUGCAUAUCAAAAGCGCUGGUAUUCAAAUGUAUACCUCUUUUGGUAGCUUCGAAGAUGCUAGGAAACUUCUUGAUAAUGGGGAAUCUGAUGUUGUUUGUUGGAAUACAUUGAUUGAUGGGUACUUGAAAUGUGGGAAUUUGGAAGCCGCUAAAGGAUUAUUUGAGCAAAUGCCAACCACAAACAUUGGCUCAUGGAAUGUGAUGAUCAGUGGCUUUGCUAAGGGAGGGAAGUUGGGAGAUGCACGGAAGGUGUUCGAUGAAAUGCGCAAAAGAGAUGAAAUUACUUGGAGUUCUAUGGUUGAUGGUUACAUCUCAGCAGGUUGUUACAAGGAAGCAUUAGAGAUUUUCCAGCUAAUGCAAAGACAGGGGGUUAUACCUGGAAGGUUCAUUUUGUGCAGUGUGCUAGCUGCUUGUUCCAGUGUUGGAGCCAUCGAUCAAGGGAGGUGGGUUCAUGCUUAUCUCGAAAGGAACUCCAUUAAAUUAGAUGCAGUGUUGGGGACUGCCUUAUUGGAUAUGUAUGCGAAAUGUGGGCGGCUAGACAUGGCGUGGAAGGUAUUUAAUGAGCUGCAAGAAAGAGAGGUCUUCACUUGGAAUGCCAUGAUCGGUGGGCUUGCUAUACAUGGAAGAGCAGAGGAUGCACUUGAGCUUUUUUCUAAGAUGCAGAAGGGGAGACUAAAACCGAACGGAGUCACGCUUGUGAGCAUCCUAACUGCUUGCGCUCAUGCAGGUUUCGUUGACAGAGGCCUCAGGAUUUUCGAAACGAUGAAGGAGUUUUAUGGCGUUGAGCCCGAAAUGGUACAUUAUGGAUGUGUGGUUGAUUUGCUAGGGAGGUCAGGGUUGUUUUCUGAAGCAGAGGAGUUGAUAAGCUCAAUGCCAAUGAAGCCCAAUGCAGCUGUUUGGGGAGCACUUUUAGGUGGCUGCAGGAUUCAUGGAAAUGUGGAAUUGGCUGAAAGGGUGGGGAAGAUUUUACUCGAACUAGAUGUGCACAACAGUGGCUAUUAUACGUUACUGUCGAACAUAUACGCCAAGGCAGGGAGGUUCGAUGACGUUGCUAAAAUAAGAAAGAUGAUGAAGGAGAAGGGGAUAAAAACAGUGCCUGGUGUCAGCAUGGUUGAUCUAAAUGGUACGGUUCACGAAUUCAAAAUGGGCGAUCGAUCGCAUCCGCAAAUGAAGGAAAUAUACAGGAAGCUGGAAAGAAUAAAAGAAAGGCUGCAGAUGGCAGGGUAUUCACCUGAUACAUCUCAAGUUUUAUUUGAUAUUGAAGAGGAAGAGAAGGAAAGUGCAGUAAGGUGCCACAGUGAAAAGCUUGCAAUUGCUUUCGGAUUGAUUAAUAGCUCACCCGGUAAAACGAUACACAUAGUGAAGAACUUGAGGAUCUGUGACGAUUGCCAUUCAGCCACAAAGCUCAUAUCUCAAAUUUAUGAUCAAGAAAUAAUUGUGAGGGACCGUGUUCGCUAUCACCAUUUCAAAAAUGGAACGUGUUCGUGCAAAGAUUUUUGGUGAUCUAUGCGCCCCGAAAGUAUGAAUGCUCCAUAGAUUGGUUCAGUCCCAGCAACAUAUGCAGCAAACCUUUUGAUUUUGAGGUUGAUCAGAUGGCUUCACCACAUAGUUGCACCAUUUCCAAUCCCAAUUUUGUUUGACUUCACCUCCUCUUGUAAGAAUCAUUGUAUCUUAGGUUUCUGUAUUGAUGGAGAAGUUUUUACACAACUGAGCUAGUGUGUAUGUGCUUGUGAAUGAACUUUAUAAAACCAAUGCUGAAGUUUCAA